UGCAGCUGGAUCUGAUCUGGAGGUGCUUAUACCUCUAAGAGUGUCCCUUGAAAGAGGGACAGGAAAGAAUACAAACAGCAAUAAGCAUAGGGGGUAAGAAGAGGGAUAGAAACCGGAACUGCAAUAGUGCCUUCAUCAACAUCUAUGCAACUGAUCUCCGUCUCUACUGUACUCCCACUUUUACUCUUCGGGGUUUGUCGAACAGAUACUGCAGCAGUGCACGGCAAACUGCUCCCUCGGCACGACACCGUCGAAGACGGGUAUCUCGAGCUCGACUUGCACUACACGGAUGGCAAGUUCCUUGCAACCCUGCAACUUGGCUCGAACGACGACGUGCUGCAUGUUCUGGUAGACACCGUAUCGUCCGACUUGUGGGUGCCUGGCUCGGAAAACAGCAACUGUGCACACGGAACAAACGCUACUCUCAAAAACAACGCUUUCUCGGUGGGUCCGAGUCAGGGCGGGCCGGUGCCGUUCAACUGCUCCGUCUUCGGAACGUUCGACUACAGGACCUCUACAAGCUAUGCCGCCAACGGGAGCGACUUCGAGAUCGUUUACGGCGGCGGUGCCAUGGCUAUGGGAGAGUGGGGCCAUGACAGUGUCUCUGUGGGAGGUUCCUCUCUCGGGGAAAUCAACUUUGCAGUGGCAGCCAACUCGUCGAAACCGUUUGGCGUCCUCGGGAUCGGGUUCCCCGGGCUGGAGUCAACCCAAGUUGUCUAUGGGAACAGCAAGGGGAACGGGAGCGCAGCGCCGCACACAUACGAGAACUUCCCCCAGAGGCUGAAGACAAACAGAAUCAUCGCCAGAGAGUGUUUCUCCCUGCUUCUCGACCAAGACGCCACGGGCCAGCUCCUCUUUGGCGCCAUCGACCACAGCAAGUACCGCGGCUCGCUGUACCGGUUCCCCAUGGUGAACGCCUAUCUGACGGCAGACAGCGCAGAUGCCGACACGAUCUCCGCAACGCUGAACAGCUUUGCCGUUGUCAAAGACGAGACAUCCACCACUCUCGUCGACGGCUUCCUGCCCGCCGUGUUUGACUCCGGAACCGCCUUCGCCACGCUACCAUACACCCUGAUCGAGCUCCUCAGGACGCAGCUCGACCUCACCACAGACACCGCCACGGGCAUCACCCACACCAACUGCUCCCAGCUGGCCUCGACGAUGUUCCGCUUCGACUUCCAGGGCGUGCCCUUCGACGUUCCGGCACUAAACUUCUUCCUCCGCCUAGAAGGAGGCACUCUCUGCGGCCUUGCCGCCGCCGCCUCGUACGUGCAGGGCUACGUUGUCCUCGGUCAGGCGUUCCUCGACAGCAUCUAUCUGAGCGCCGACCUCCAGGACCGGACCGUGGCGCUUGCCUACGCCAACCUCCCCGCCGCCCGCCAGACAGACGCCGACAUCGAGCUCCUCCCGGCCGGGCUUGCCCACGCCGUCGAUCCGCCGUCGACCCAGACCUACGACAUCUCCCACAUGCUCUACUCCGCCAUCCCGCUCUCCACCGUGACGCUGGCUUCCAGCAUCAACUACGCCGCCGUGUAUACGAAGAGUCUCAACGUCGCCGAAACAUCGGCUUCGGCCUCUUACUCCUCCUCCGCAACCUCGAGCUCCGCCAACGCCCCCCGCAGAACGCCUUCUGCUGCCGCCAGCACCAACGCCGCCCAUAGUUUGUUUCCAAACUUGUUCUUCAGCCUGUUUCUGCUGGUUCUUUGUGUAUCUUUCUUCUCUGUAUAAUCUUUGUAACAUGGCCGUGCCCGGCCGUAACCGUUCUCCGAC